GCGAGCGCGCUGAAGCAGCAGCGCUUCUUUCUACAGGCCUACCAUAUGGGCCUACUCCUUUCGCCAGAGUAUGAAGUCUACGGACAGCAGGAGGCCUUCCAGCGGCAAGACGCACGGCAAGAAUCCUCCCCUCGCACCGCACUCGAAGGCGAGUGGCAGCCCUAAGGCACCGAAGGCUUCGAGCGCCGUACAGAGUAGCGGUGCUGCGUCUAAGGCCGGUGUUAGGGCUAACGGCACCAAGAAGCCGCAUCGGCUCGCGUCCCUCCCUAAGGCGAGUAGCAGCGCUAAGUCCUCGAAGGGACGCAGUUCCGUACAGGGUAGUGACGCGGCAUCGAAGGCCGAUGCGAAGGAGGACGGCACCGGGAAGCGGCCGCUCGUCGCUGAACCGAGCACUUCGAGCCGGCCUUCGGGCGUUGCCGUCGAGAAAGGCGGUGCGACAACGACCGACGUGAAGGCAGACAGGGCAGACAAAACUCUCAAGAGCCACGAUCCGAGGGAAUCGGGUCGGCCAAAGGAGCCUAAGGACGACGGUUCAAAGGUCGUCCCGGAAGAUGACGACGACAGCCGGUUUGAAAGCGCUCAAAGUACUCUUUAUUUGGCAGCACAUAUCGAAACCAAGGCUAAAAGAAAGAAGCAAGCACCGCCCUCGCAGGAAAGCGUGACAAAGGAAAAAGACAAAGGCGGGGCUAAAGAAAAGCAGACAACCUCCCCCGCGACGUCGUUGCCAGCACCAGAGGCAAAUAACCAGGAAAAGACGCCUGCAGCGGUGAACGGUGAAGCGGACGCGAAGGCGCCCAAGACGCAGGAGAAGAAGAACUCCAUAACCUUCAACAAGAUCACCGCAAAGAGCCACGAGGGCAAAAAUCAGCGCAAGAAACGUGGCCAUUCCAGAGAGAACAAAGCGGUGCAGACGAACCCAGAAGAAGCGCAGACGGCACCGGCCGGGCCGCCCAUACACCUCCUGUUCUCGCCGUCAUCAUGCAGUCUGUGCGACAGCAACGCUCCCCCAAGUUACUAUGGCGCGAUGCAGACUUUCCAAAUUGGCAAAUACGGCGCUGUGACGCCGGCUCAAAAGCACUCGCGUGGAGUCGUCAAGAAGACGACGACGAAGACGACGACGACUACGCGACGUGUUCAAGACAGCGACAGGACACCGCGUUCUAGGCAGCUCGUCGAGGAGACUACAACAGAAGUAGUGCAGGAGGCCGCAGACGAUCGAAGUGAUGGCGGUGGAAGCAGGGAUUCGACAUCGGUGGCCGGUAACGUUACGAGUGGAGGAGCCGUUGAGAAAACUGUGACCACAACGCGCCGUCUGAAAAAUCGCGACAAGCAUGGGAGGAACUCCUCCGACGACAGGGACCCGCCGCUUCAGAACGACGUCAUCGAGACAGUGACCAGGGAAGUUGUCGAAGUGGAAUCUGAAUCGGCGCCCGUCAUCGUCGGACUAGCGCGCGACGCCUCGACCACCCAGUACCGCUACGUGGAGUCCAGGCGUCCCGCGUCUUCCCCGUACCGAGCACGCCACGGGGUCGAUGCAGUCUACCAGCGCAUGCAGCUUCGGCCACCUGGCUUCUGGGCACACCAACCUUACUGGCGUGCACUAGCUCCAUAUGCUCGACCCUGUCGGCACGGAGCUGUGCAGCACAUUCCUGGUUGUCGCCUCGCCGCCUUCUCGCGGAGGGCCCUUUCGUGCUGGGGGCCUCGCCAUCUCUGCGGGGGACACCACGGCGGCCCCUUGUGUCAACGACCGCCCACUCCGGCGCCGUUGGCCUCGGCAAACACCGGCUGGGGCGCGUCUCCUUCCUUGCCGGACGGCGGUGCCCGCGGCCGCAGUCUCGACUAUUCGAGCGACGCGAGCGAGGGCACCUACGACGUGAUCUACGACGCGGUGCCGGACUUGGCCGCCGCGAGCGCCGGCGUUCGGCGCGACGACCGUCGGCGACCGGACGAGUUCAUCUGGGAGACGCCGCCUCGGGAAGAGUUCGUCUACUACAGCUGCGCCAACGUCGUGGCUGGACCUGCACCACCCGCUGCCGACGGGCAGCGCGGUCCAACCGACGACGACGUCGACAGCGACGGCCACAACCGAGACCGCGUCGACGCUAGGGCCGCGCGAGCCGCCACUGACCUCAGCAUGGCUGCUGGGCGCCAGGUUAUUCCGAAGUCCAUUGACCGAGGUAGGAGGAGUUCACUGAAGAAUCGGGAGAUACAUCCAGGACAACAACGCCAACCUGUGCCAGACCGCUCGCCAGCAUUGAACACGGUAGAUGAAGCGACGAACACGGUCCCGGAUGCAGCUGCACCUAAGGUAUACGAGUGCAAUACCGUGUCAUGGUCGACGCGUCGUGUUGCCUCCCCGCAGAGAUGCCUUGCCAUGAUUGACCGAGAUGGCUCCGAACAAGAUAACAGCGAAGAAAUUCGGAACGAGGAAAGAUUGCGACAUCGCGAUGACGUUACAGGUGCGGGAGAAAUUGCCGAUGAUCUGAGACUGGCCAAAAGCGCCAAACUUAAAACUCGCAAGAAGGGUCGCCGUCUGUCAAACACCGUAAUAAAAGACCUGAUAUUCAGCAUCAGCCCGAGAAUAGCGGCCGGCGGACGCUUGAAGGCGCCGCCUGUCGGUGUGCCCGCGUGCGUAGGCGAGGGAGCGGAUGCAAUUAGGUAUUCUGCGAGCCAUUUCGCGAAGGAGUGCGAAAGGGCCACGCAACAACCUACUGUCGUCGAACCCAGCCCAGUGACUCUUUUAUACCCAGCACUCAGCACUGACCCGUGGUCCGCUUCUAUUCCGUGCUCUAGCGAAAACGCGGUCUGGCCGCCUCCAUGGAGCGGAACUUUCACGAGGCUCUCCUCGGCAGACGGCUCCAAUCGGAUGGUAAACAACCGCAAAUUUGCUGCCGAUGCAUUAGCUGCACAAAGCCACCUUCUUCGUCUGGAAUCUACAGGUACAGGGCACAAGUAUAGAGCUGCAUGCUCACGUCAGCGUCGCGAACCAGCGAAGACAAUGUCCGAGGCGACAGGGUCGACCAGCAAGAGAUUUGCUAAUUCCGAAGCAGCGCGUCUCAACCGCAAUGCUUCCAAAGCCGCUAAUGCAGAGCAAGCAAGUGGACUGCUCGAACGUGCGCUCCUGCAAACGGGUGAGGACCCAAAAAAUGAAGCCGGAUUCCCGAUACCUACCGCCUCCGGAAACGAUAGUUUCUUGCGAGGUGAGGGGGGAAUAUUCAAAAUAGACGCAGACGAGGAUAAAUUUUAUUUAGUUUCCGCUUCAGACUCUCGGUACCAAAAUAGGUCUCGCGCGCAACGCAUGUUGCAAACAAACGAGACGCCGACCGCACACAGAAUCGACACUUGGCGUGAAAAGAAGACAGAUAUUGGCGUGAUCAUGGGUGCCCCCAGAAGUGACAUCAAAAUCACGGGGAGCACAAAAACGUUAUCGUCCUGGUCGCCUAUAGAAGAUCAUAUACUAUGUCGUCCAUACAGGCGCUGCAGUCCUGCUGGUGCCACUUCGCAAAGCAGUGCGUGUGGAUAUGGGUUGGUGGCUGCAAGCAGUCAUGAGAUCCACGACACGAUGAUAUCAACGCGGGCACUAAACGCUGACGUAGGGUCGUCCCUACACCUAAAGGGGCAGCCCGCCGAUAACAUCACCACUUCGUUCACCCGUGAGAACGCAUAUUUAAGACGGACAUCACUGCGUGCUAAGAGCCACACUGUCCUGUAUCGACCCUCCCAUUCGAAAGAACUGCCGCAAAUGCGAAGCGAAACAAACCAUUUUCGGACUGUAACAGCUGGCUUGGAUCCGUCGACUGUGCUUUGCGAAGUGCCGAAAAACAAAGUCAGGUCAUCGCAUGGUGGAUUACAGCAGUUGGUGUUGCGUGUGCACGAAAUGCAAGCAAGACAGACUCCGUCCCAGGCAGUUAAGGGCGUUGAAUUCACCACUUUGUGUAAGCCCUCGCAUUCUGGGAAGCCUUCUUACGGGCUAUAUAAUCUUCCACGUAUAAUGACAGCUGCAACGACGAGGGGUUCCACGACUGUACUGGAUCGGAUUGCUUAUAAAAAGGACGCCGCAUCACACGGUAUCCAGAGUUUUCACGAUGGGCUGAAGCCAGAUGUUCCUCUAUGUGUGCGGGUCUCAGCGUCUCGGGACGUGGGAGCUCGUAGAGGAAGUUUAUGCGAGCAGCCUACGAGAGAUGGAGCGUGGCGUCCGGUACCACGUCCGCGUACAAUCCACAUUUCGAAGAAGGAACGUAAUACGACAGAGGACCAGAUGUCACGCGUUGCGGUUUCUUGCCCCCGAAAGUUGCCUGAAGAAGGAGCAGAGGGUGAGCCGGUCAACACGAGAAGUGAGCAACCCAAAAAUGAAUGUGCCAAUCCGAGUAAAGAUCGUGUAAAACAUAAAACGGCGCCGAAUAAAACUCCGGCUGCUACUGGAGAACGGAAGGGAGUCGAAGGCAUUGCAGAGGAGCACUGUUCGCUUGCUCAGCAAGCAACGCGGGCCAGUGAAACAACGGUGCUGAAAACGCCCAUUGUUGAAAACAAUGCUGACAGCAUAGAAGCCGAUAAAAUUGAUGUUUAUUCAAUGCUCCUCGAAAUAAAAUGUGAUAGCAGCGCUACAUAUGAUGUUCCGACAUUACUAUCAGCGAGCUUAACGAAGGAAGCUGAAAAGACAGAAAUAUUUUAUAAUGAAAAUCACUGUGAUGAAUCUGCCGCUAUUAUUGCGAGAAAAGAUGAGCUUGUCUUUCGAGAGACUGCACUUAAUCAUUAUUUGGACGUCAGCGAACGUGAGCACGCGGGCAGCGAAGCUGUCAAACCAGUGUGCAACUAUGAACUGCUGGGCGGAAAGGCAGUCGAAUUGAACGGAGUUUGUGCUUCCGUAGUAGAAGAUUCACCGUUGCCUUACGCGACAUCGAGAAUUGCAGGAAAGCCAGACAGGUUGCUGUAUACCGAAAUCGUGGUGGCCACGGUCGUAUCGCUAACUUGCCUUGUGUGGAUUGCAGCAGUGUUCCCUGUACGCCGACUUGAGCUCACACGCAUACUGCAUAUAAAGACUGGGAACGCUACAGAGCCGUCGUUCAUAGCUCUAACGUUCCAGACAUUUUGGUACUCAACGGUGAGCGAAAUAACUACGACGUCGACUAGCAAAGCUUCAUCCAGAUCUUACUAUUGCUCCUCUCAUUUCUGUUUAAAAGAAGCCGCGUACGUGAAGUCUGUGAUAGGAAAAGAUGCGUCCCCGUGCGACAACUUUUACGAAUAUGCGUGUAGCAAGUGGGAAAGUAAAACGCCGUUGUCUGCCAUGGGACUAGGGGUAUCGACGUCCGUGGAUACAGUGAUAGAUGAAUACAUGUCUUCGGACCUCAGAGACUACAUUCUCCAAAAGAAAAACGGUGGAGCGAAUUCAGCUAGGUUCCUUUACAAGGCCUGUAUGUCAUCCUACCGCCAUACUUCUGCUUUUCUCAAGGCCAAAAUAUUUUCUGCGCUACCGGUAAAGACGUGGCCGUUUAACGGUACCAUAGACCCGCUCGAAAUAUGGCGGACAGCUGGCAUCAUGGCGCGAAAAUACGGUGUUCCGGCGCUUUUAAAUGUUGUCGCAGGCAUUGAAAGAGCUACAAACAAUAGCAUCGUGGAAGUUACAUUGCCUAGGCCUUUAUUCUUCAACGGUGACGAGUCGCGCCCCAACGUAAAACAUAUGUUUAGGAAUGCGAUUCGCGAAGCAGCGACAGAGUUUAAUUAUACAACCAUGGCGGCCAACUUGACAGCGCAGAUCAUGGAAGUAUUCAAAGGCAUCGCCAUGGUCAGUGACCAACCAGCGGCUUCGAGAACUUGUCGGGUGAGGAAACUCAAGCACAUAGACCACAGCGUGCGAACGUUUAUCACAUCCGUGUUCAACGGCGACAUCAAUCCGAACACGACCGUGGUCGUCGGGAACUCUGACGUGGUUCUUGGAGGGCUUGUCCGAUUAACGCACAACUUGAGCGCGCAGGAUUUCCUCAACUAUCUGGGCUUCCGGUUACUCGUUCGCCUGGCCGUGCUACUGCCGGAACAUCUCGUGAACAUCAGGCGUCUGUUCAGCGUCGAAUUCACAGGGCGAGUUGUGCGGGAUGACUUGAAGUGGCUCCUUUGUAUGCGCCUUGCAGUGGCUGUGGCACCUGCCUGCCUCGAAAAUCUGCAGGCGAAGAUGUUUGCUGAGACGAGAGCACCUACUCUGGCCAGGUGGUUCUGGCUGCUGCAAGUGGAAGAUUUUUUCUCCAGAAACCUGCGCCUCUGUGCGUGGAUAUCGGAGAAGACUCUAAGCCUUAUGGAAAAGAAGAUGGAACGCUACAAGUUUGUCCACGUUUCGUUCGAUAAAGCUUCGGAAAAUAGCGCGGGUUGUGACAAUGUGCGGAAGUUGCUGGCUUCGAGAAGGCGGCUGAGGAAGUCUCAGCUCGUGCCGGCCAUUCUAGCUACGUGGGAGACGUACCAGGAGAGGUACCUGAGCCAAACAAGUCAACGACUUUUACCAAGGGAUCCGGGAUUCCUCUUCGAAGUGCACCCCAGGUUGGCCGAAUCCCUGCAGACUGUGUACGUUCCCGCUGGUCUCGUCAACGCUUCUGUCCCGGAGAACAGCACGAUGCUCGCCUUCCACCUGUCCCGCGUGGCCACGCGUCUCUUCCGGGCGCUGGUGCCGCUGGCGAGCGCGGAGGGCGGCCAGUGCUCGGUGCCCUCGGCGCUGACGCAGCAGUCGCAGCGAUCCCUUGUCCGACUCCGCAAGUGUCUGGACAAGGACGCGCAGUCGCUGCCUUCGCAGCUCCAACCCCGAGCUUCGGACGUGUUGUGGGACGGCGAAGGGCGGGAAGGCGACGAAGCCGGGUUCGCCAUACUGGCGCAAACGGCCGCCCUCGGCCUCGCCUUCGCGGCGUUCAAGGAUAUGCUUCGCGUCGAUCUCAUCUGGCGACUCAACUUCCGGUUCGCUUCCCUCGCCAACGUUUCGGCCGACCAGCUGUUUUUCCUGUACUACGCGCUCGACAACUGCGAGCUCAGCGACCGCACUCACCGCGCACACGAGUACGGCGCCUGGCGUCGACUGCCGGCCGAGCAGCGGGUGAACCUGCCCCUCCGGCAGAUGGCGCACUUUGCCGAAGCCUUCGGGUGCGAACCGGGUCGGAGCGCCAUGGCGCCGAUGAAUCGCUGCGGAGUGCUGCGGUGGCCUGCGCCUAGGCCUGGUCUGUGGAACGACGGUCGAUAGGCACUCGACACCCGCGUAUAACGAUAGUCGAGUUCGAGACCAGUGGGGACUCGACUACUUGGUGUGCAAUCUGGUGAUCAUUAGUAUUAUUCAUCUUUAUUAUGACGUGUAGAUUGAUGGCCCACGUGGCUAAGGCUUUGAUGAGGACUUUGAGAGCCGCUUUCGAGUCUUCGCGUCUGUUUCUUUGACCAGUGCGGUGAAAGCUUGUGAGCUCACUGCGAUCAAUAAUGCGCAUUUUUUUAAUAAACAGGGUUAAAAGCAUGACCGGGCAUAAUAUAAUAAAGCAUGCACCCACAUUGUA